UUACGGUUUAAUUCGAAAAUAAAUGCGAGAAGAUUAUUAUCUGAGAAGAAACAAAGGAAAGAGUGAAACAAGAGUUUUCCAUGGAAGCUCUUAUUGCUUCCGCUUCCUUCUUCCUCCCUUCCUCCAAGUCUUCCUUAGACAUUAUCAAUAACCGAUUCUUCCCUUCGUCUUCUUCUCCCAACAUCAAUUUUGGAACUUUUAAGAAGAGUUGUAUCUCUUCCCCAUCACACCUCGUCUUCUCCUCUCCUGCAAUUUCCUCACCGCCUUAUUCUAUUGCUCUCUCCCGAAACACCUAUUGGAUGGUGAUUUUGGAUAAACCUCCGCAAGUGGUUUCUUCUAAAUCCGAUAUCGUAGAUUAUUAUGUUCGGAUUCUCUCGAAAGUGUUGGGCAACGAAAAAGAUGCACAAAUGAGUAUAUAUGAUGCUUCCUUUGAUACCCAUUUCGGGUUUUGUUGUCAUAUCGACGAAGAUGCUUCACACCAGCUCGCUCGUUUACCUGGAGUUCUAUCUGUGAGACCUGAAGCUGAUUACAGUUCAGAGAUUAAGAAUUAUGACAUUGGGAAGCAGACAGGUGUUUCCUUGUUUGAUCAUGGGACAGUGAAACACUGGAUGGUCCGUGUAGACAAACCAGGAGUUGGGAUUGUCACAAAGGCACAGAUGGUUGAUCAUUGUGUUCAGUUGCUAUCAAAGGUUUUGAGGAAUGAGAAGGAUGCACAGAUGUGUCUUUAUCAUGUUUCGUGGCAGUCCAAAUUUGGUUUUUGUUGUGAUCUCGAUGAAAAAUGCGCCCAGGAGUUAGCUGGAGUACCUGGUGUUCUUGAUGUUGUUCCGGAUAACAAUUUUGAGUCACUAAACAAAGACUAUUAUGAAGAAGUCGAUAAUAGCACACAAGAUUCAAGAGAAGAUUCAGAGUCUCCCCCUGUUAGAACGAAGAAGCUGUUUAUAACUGGACUGUCUUUCUACACAUCUGAGAAGACACUGCGUGCAGCAUUUGAAGGAUUCGGUGAACUAGUUGAAGUCAAAAUAAUUAUGGACAAGAUUUCAAAGAGAUCAAAAGGCUAUGCCUUUCUUGAGUACACGGCAGAGGAAGCCGCAAGCACUGCACUAAAAGAGAUGAAUGGAAAGAUUAUUAACGGGUGGAUGAUCGUAGUAGAUGUAGCCAAGACGAAACCGUUCAGGCAAAACAGAAGUCAGCCGAGUUCUGGGUUCUAGAAACGAGUCUUUAAGUGUUACUACAACUACAUAGGGGUUUGAGAUCAAGGAAGAAAAGGCAAGGCAGUUUCAUGUUUCACACUAGAUUUAAAAGGCUUUUAAGAGGACAAGAGUUCCAGGUCUGUUGGAUUUCUACCGAUUGACUUCAGAUCAAAUCUGAAUGUGAAGUUAAUAAUAAUACUUGCAAGUUCAAAUCAGAUUUGGAGGUAAAAAUACUACUUACAAGCGUAGAGGAAAAAGAUAUUUAACAUGCCC